UGCUUAUAGUAAGUUGUGAAGUGUGAACCAAACAGAAAGCUAUCUCAUACAUUUAGCUAAGAGCUACUGCCACUGCUACUCUUCUUCUCUGUCAAUUUUCAUCUCCAGAUUUAAUUUUCUCCACCAAAGUUGAAGUCUUUCAGCUUCUUGAGGGUUCUGUGUGUCUAUUCUUUGGUUUCUUCUGAUGUGUAUGGGGUAGCUUUUGAGUUAGGAUGGCUUUCUUCAUUCCAAUGAAUGUAUGUCCAUUUGCCAUUUCUUGCUCUUGUCAGAAGAUUCAAGGCACUUAUGAAUAUAAACUACAAUCACGGAGUUCUGGUAUAUUAUCAUCUAAAGAAGAAGCAACUCGUCGCCAGCUUCUUGCAGUAGGUUUUGCCAGUCCUUUGGUUUCACUUUUAACAUACAGCUGCAGCUUAACGGUGCCACCAGCUUGGGCAGAGGAUCAAGAGAUUCAAGACAAGGAUGAAAGUGUGGUUGGGGCAAUUAAGUCCUUGUUUGAUCCAAAUGAGACAACAAAGUCAGGAAAAGUCUUACCAAAGGCUUACUUGAACUCUGUAAGAGAGGUGGUGAAAACAUUGCGCGAAUCAUUAAAGGAAGACCCAAACGACAUGUCUAAGUUUAGACGAACAGCUGAUGCAGCUAAGGAAUCCAUCAGGGAAUACUUGGGUGGAUGGAGAGGACAAAAAUCAGUAGUCAAUGAGGAAUCAUAUGUUAUGGUAGAGAAAGCUAUUAGAUCUCUGGCCAGUUUUUAUUCAAAGGCAGGCCCAUCUGCUGCACUUCCAGAAGAGGUAAAGUCAGAGAUCUUAGAUGAUCUGAAUAAAGCAGAAGAAGCAUUGUAACAAUGGGUGGAAGGUCAGUGGUACAUGGUGGAAUAGUCCAGGU